UCUGGCAGAGCCCUGUCUUAUGGUCUUCCCACAGGAGUCUGAAUGGGCAUGUCAGGAAGGGAAGUGAGGGACAGGGAAGCAUUCUGCAAACUGUUGAUCCACUGGCCACAACGCUUGUGUACGGGUGGGCUGUGGUGAAGGAGGAAGGCAAAGUAGCAAGGGGCUGGUUUUGUUUUUAACUUUGGCUAAAGUAAGUAAUGGAAAUGGGAAAUUCCAGCUACUGAGUGCAGACAGCUAACGUGUACCCAGAGAGUUUGAAUGGGGCUGGCCUUUGUUUCUCUUGCCAAUGCUCAUCUUCCCCUUACUGGUAUCUGGGGAGCUUUCAUCCAAUGAAACAAGAGCCACCCAGCCUUCUCCUCUCUGCUGUGUCUCCCUGAGCACUGAGCAGCUCAUGCCUCCUCAGUAACGUUGAAGGGUAGGAAUUAUUCUUCUGUACAGCUCCUGGCUGGAUACUGGGGAGCCCAUUGUGAUAAUUUUGGCAGCAGGUGGUGGCAAACAUUUACCUUUUGCAUCUCAUCUGUUAUAUCUUGACUACAAGAUUCUCUGCAGAGUAAUUUAAGGUCCAGUUCUAUUUGUUAUGAGUCAACCUCGCUUCUUCUGUAGCCCCUGAAGUGGCCAGUUGGGGUAAGUCUGAUACUUAGCCUCCAUUGAGAAUCCCAAUAGGUGUUGAUAUUCAAGGGGAUCUGGGUGCUUGACUCCCUUAAGCUUCAUUAAAAAUCCCAACGCUUGUGAAUAAAAGACUCAUGUUGAACAGGCUGGUAUCUUCAGUAGUGCAUAAAAGAACAUUUAGUUCAAAACUUUCUUGCUGGAACUCCCUUUGACUUCAUGUCUCUUCCUUGCUGUGUCUCAGUAUCCCCAUCUGUAAAAUGGGGUCAGGAUGUAUCACCAACUAAUAUUUGUAAAACGCUUAGAAGUCCUUGCUGGAUAAAAUCCUGAACACAAGUGCAAGUUAUUCAUUAAUAGAAUGUGGUGGUCAUUAAUUUUAUAAAGUCUUCAGAGGAUGCUAUUUCAGUUGAUGUAAAAUAAGUCUGGUUAGGAACACCGCUACUGUGCAAACAUGCUGUUUUCAUAGCGAAUGCAUCUUGGGGCGGUUUGUGUUCCUGCUGUGAAUUCUUCCUAUCUACAUUCACGGGAAGGUGUUUGCUGUCCCCUCUCUCCUCUUGCCAUGUGUUUAGCUGGGCGUGGUGCACACUGAAGGAGGUUUUGUUGAGGGCGUCAAUGAAAAACUGGGUCUCUUUGGUGACUACAUCGAUAUCUUCAGAGGAAUCCCUUUUGCUGCUCCUCCAAAGAGUUUUGAAGACCCUCAACAACAUCCUGGCUGGGAUGGUACGCUGAAGGCCAAGGAGUACAAAAACCGUUGCAUGCAGGUCACACUCACCCAAACCGGUACUCGUGGGAGCGAGGACUGUCUUUAUCUGAACAUCUGGAUCCCUCAAGACAGGAAAGGAGUGUCCACAAAUCUGCCGGUGAUGAUAUGGAUCUAUGGAGGCGCAUUCCUCCUGGGAGGCGGGCAGGGCGCUAACUUCCUCAAUAACUACCUCUACGACGGCCAGGAGGUCGCAGUGCGAGGAAAGGUCAUCGUGGUGACCUUCAAUUACCGAGUGGGACCGCUGGGGUUCCUCAGCACGGGGGAUGCCAGUGUUCCAGGUAACUACGGGCUAAAGGACCAGCACAUGGCCAUCGCGUGGGUGAAGAGAAACAUCAAGGCCUUUGGGGGUGACCCAGAAAACAUCACCAUCUUCGGGGAGUCGGCUGGUGCCGUCAGCGUCUCGUUACAGACGCUAUCGCCGUACAACAAGGGGCUGAUCAAACGAGCCAUCAGCCAAAGCGGUGUCGGCCUGUGCCCCUGGGCUAUCCAGGAGAACCCUCUCUUCUGGGCUACCAAGGUUGCGGAGAAGGUGGGCUGCCCUACUGACAACACCACGGCCUUGGGCAACUGCCUCCGGGUCACCGAUCCCCAGGCUGUGACGCUGGCCUACCACCUGGAGAUGGUCAACCUGCCAUAUCCUCUAGUCCAUUACCUGGCUUUCACUCCUGUGGUUGAUGGAGAUUUCCUCCCAGACCGGCCAGAGAAUCUCUUCGCUAACGCUGCAGACAUUGACUACAUUGCGGGCAUAAAUAACAUGGACGGGCACAUCUUCGCUGGCGUUGACAUGCCUGCUAUCAACCGCCCACUUGUGACGAUCACGGCAGAUGAGGUCUAUAACGUGGUGCGGGGGCUGACUCUGCAGAAGGGAAUGCAGGCAGCAAACACCACAUUCUCCCUCUACACCCAGUUGUGGAAUGACAACCCUGACCAGGAGGUCAUGAAAAGGACAGUGGUAGACCUGGAGACCGACUACAUCUUCCUGAUUCCCACGCAGCGGGCGCUUGCUCUGCAUAAUGCGAAUGCCAGGAAUGCCAAGACUUACUCCUAUGUGUUCUCCCAGCCUUCUCGAAUGCCUGUGUACCCCAGCUGGGUAGGGGCAGACCACGCAGAUGACAUUCAAUACGUCUUUGGGAAACCCUUCAGCACCCCGCUGGGCUACUGGCCUAAGCACAGGACUGUCUCAAAGGCCUUGAUUGCUUAUUGGACCAAUUUUGCCAGAACCGGUGACCCCAACAAAGGGGAGUCUACUGUGCCCAUCGGGUGGAUACCCUACACUCGGGAGGAGAGCUACUACCUCGAAAUCAACAGUGACAUCAACUAUGAUUCGGUGAAGCAAAGUCUGAGAGCCUCCUACGUGCAGUUCUGGAAUACGGUCUACCAGAACCUGCCUGACGUUUCUUCCACUUUCCUGGAUUAGAGCCAGGCCAACAAACCAAUCAACCAAUUCUGUAAAAA